UGGGAUUUUCCUCAGUAAAGGUAAAGCUGUACUCUUAUGCAGGAGACCCACUUAGUCUCUGUGUUCUGCAAUGACUGUGACGUACACAGCCCGUGUGGCCAAUGCCCGAUUUGGUGGCUUCUAUAAGCUGCUGUUGCUCUGGCGUGGAAGCAUCUACAAGUUACUCUACAAGGAGUUCCUGGUCUUCUUUGUCUUCUAUGUGGGACUCAGUGUCACUUAUCGCUGUGUCUUAAGAGAAGAUCAGAAACGGUACUUUGAAAAGCUGGUCAUUUACUGUGACAACUAUGCCAACCUCAUUCCUGUCUCCUUUGUUCUAGGCUUCUAUGUGACACUGGUGGUGAACAGGUGGUGGAGCCAGUACACCUGCAUGCCAAUGCCGGACCGGCUGAUGUGCAUCAUCUCUGGGACUGUGCAUGGCACUGACGAGCGAGGCCGGCUUUAUCGACGGACACUCAUGCGGUACAGCAGCCUGUCAGCAGUGCUGAUCCUGCGCUCAGUGAGCACUGCAGUGUUCAAGCGCUUCCCUACCAUUGACCAUGUGGUGGAGGCAGGUUUUAUGACACGGGAGGAACGCAAGAAAUAUGAGAACCUGAACUCUUCUUACAACAAAUACUGGAUCCCUUGUGUCUGGUUUACAAACUUAGCUGCACAGGCACGCAAAGAGGGACGCAUACUUGACAACAGUGCACUCAAGCUACUCAUGGAGGAGUUGAAUCUCUUCCGAGGGAACUGCAGCAUGCUCUUCCACUAUGACUGGAUCAGUGUCCCAUUAGUCUACACACAGGUGGUUACCAUUGCUGUGUACAGCUUCUUUGUAGCUUGUCUCAUUGGGCGACAAUUCCUUGACCCAGCCCAGGGUUAUACAGGACAUGAUCUGGAUCUGUGUGUCCCCGUUUUCACUCUGCUGCAAUUUUUCUUCUAUGUUGGAUGGCUCAAGGUGGCCGAACAACUCAUCAAUCCUUUCGGGGAGGAUGAUGACGACUUUGAAACCAACCUACUGAUUGACAGGAAUUUGCAGGUCUCCAUGAUGGCUGUGGAUGAGAUGUAUGAGGACCUACCCCUCCUGGAAAAGGAUAGGUAUUGGGAUGCCUCAAAUCCUCGAGCCCCUUACACAGCAGCCACGGUUUCCAUGCUGCAUCAGCCAUCCUUCCAGGGAUCCACCUUUGACAUGACUCUGGCCAAGGAAGAUAUGCAGUUCCAACCUCUAGAGGACAUUGCAGAGCACAGCCGCCACGUACCUGCUCACCUCCUGAACCGUUUACUUUCCACGGCCCCUGCCGCUGGUGGCUUUGGACGUCGACUCUCUCUAUUGAGGCGCAAGAACAGCUGCGUCUCUGAAGCAUCCACAACCUACAGCUGCCUCUGUCAGGAUAUCCACACCACACACUGCAUUUGUGGCCCUCCUGGUCCGGGUGUGCCUGCCAGUAGCGUUCACUUUGAGGGAGAUGAGGAGCCUGGUCCUGAUGCCACUGACCCAGCCACAGACACACAUGAGGACCUCCCUGAGGCCCACGACGACAAGCUGAGUGACCCAACGCAGAGCCUGCUGAGCCAUGAGAGGGCCAACAGCCAAGAGGCAGGGUCCCUUCUCGAUACGUCUGUUCCUGCUACAGCUGGUGCCUCUUCUCAGCCUCUCCCAGACCACAGCCCUUCAGACGCUCCCUUCUUUCAUACCCCAAAGGAGACCUCCAGCAAGGGCCUUCCCACAGCCAACUACCCCCACUGGCUACAGAGUCCAAUUGAGGAGGAAAAUGUGGCAUGAAUUUAUACCUCAGUCCCAACAGAGCUGACUGACACUGGAUCAAGGUGUUGUCCCAUAAUUAUGUUACCAUUGAUUUCAGGGCCCUCAAAACCCAUGGGACCAUUGCAAUGAGAUUGAUGCAACCACCUUUGCCGCUGAGAAUGAAAGGAAAUUUUAAUAAUUGACCUUCCUCUGAGAUAGGUGGCAUUGGACAAAGACCACUUGUAAAAGGGCACUGCAGUGGGCACCUAUCUUUACUGGCAUAUUGUGGCAUGGAGCCACAGCAUGAGAUGAAGUAUAGUAAUCUGACCCUCUCUUUUCAGCAAUGCACACGUUAUUUUCAUUUGCUCUCACGCUUAAAAUUACGGAUCCUAAAGAGGUCAGAGGUGGGCAAGCGGGGCGGCUCUUGCUGUUUCCAUUCUGUCCCAGGCCUAGGCCCAGCUGCUCACUGCUUCUUAUUCUUCUCAUACUGGAAUCAGGCAGGCAACAUGGAAGGGAAGAGAGAGAAUGGCAAAGACUCCAGGACUUCCCCCUGGAUUUUUCUAUAUGGAUGUGUUCAAUAACAUUUUAAAAGAAAGAAUUUUAAAUUGUAUUUUGUCUAAUGUUUUGGGGGAGUGUGUGCCAAUACAAUGUGGCUCUUCCAUUAAUUCAGCACUGCAUGCAGGAUUCAAAUGCAUCUUAUGGAGAGAUCACUGAACAUGAAACUAGCCUUCCCAUUUCACGUUACAGGUUUGAAAAAAAAUCUGUAUCUUGCAGGGUAGAGGACCAGGAAUAACCCACUGAACAUUUACAACUUGCUGACAGAAAACUCUUGUUACUGUCAGAACUUUCUACUAGAUUUUUAGGGUCUUGAGUAGAGGAACACGUUCCCUCCAGUGUACUACCCCUGACCUCCCUUGCCUUGACAGCCCCAUUCCUCUGGCUUAAAAAUACGUGU